AUGGCUGAUGAAGACUGGAAGAGGAAGUCAUCAGGUACUGCUGCAGGAUUGGAUGGAAGAGCCAAGUUAGCCAAAGCAACUGUGUCCAAACAGUUGUCCUUUAAGUCACAACUUCUCCUCGAGCCAAACGCAAGGCGUACUCUCUUGAAGCUGGAUCAUUUCACCAACAAUGAAAUCCGCAAGAUUUUUUUCUACAGCAAUCCUGCUGUCUGUGAUUAUUAUAACAGAUCAGGCGUUUGCGGUGGCUUCUGCAUGGACCUCCAUGUUUGCGCAAAGGAUCUCUUACGCCUUUGUACGAGCGGAGUUGACUGUAAGUUUGGUCACUUGAUAAGAGAUUCAGGCGAACACAACUCGUGCUUGUUGAAGACGUUUCGAGUGGACACGUUGGAUGAACACAACUUGCGAAGACUAGUGAUCAUCAAGAGCGAUUAUUUGUACACUUCAGAGGGCGCCACCACACCAUCUUCACAGUCGUCUUCCACUGGAGGUCAGCUGGUUGACAACAACAAAAGCCUUGAACUCCCGACAUCAGUCAGCGUCAAAGAUACCGUUCCUAUGAAGUACGAGUACAUUUGCGAAACAUACACCUGGACAAAUGGGUGA